AAGAGAUUCCACAGGCCGGGUCUAGAGCAUCGGUGCAUCCAUGGCAACCAGACUAGACUUCAGCUUUCUCUGUCACCGAGGCGCCGGUUUGGCCGCCGGGUGGUCGCUAUGGUAACCAGAGGCGGGUCGCAGGGUCCCGGCGGGCUGGGCGCAUGCGCGGGGCCGGGGAUCCAGCCGCGCGCCAGUGGCCCCUCAGGUCCGCUCGACAUGGCGCUGUGGCGGCGUCGGCUGCUCGGGCUCCGCUACCUCUGCCUGCUGCUGCUUUUCAGGGGCUGGCAGGUCGAAGAUCAAGGUGAUUCAAUUCCUCAAGCAGCACCUCUUCUUGGCUUGGAGAUGAAGACAGGUGCUGUGUCCUCACUUGGUGGAAGGGGAGAGAGCUCUGGUAUAUCUCUUCGUUGCUGUUUGGUAGGGGCAGUAAAUCUCAAAUCCAGCAACCGGAACCCAGUGGUACAGGAGUUUGACAGUGUGGAAUUGUCUUGUAUUAUUACGGAUUCACAGACCAGUGACCCCAGGAUUGAGUGGAAGAAAAUCCAAGAUGACCAGACCUCAUACGUGUUUUUUGAAAACAAAAUUCAAGGGGACCUGGCAGGCCGUGCAGAAAUAUUGGGGAAAACUUCCCUAAAGAUCUGGAAUGUGACACGGUCAGACGCAGCCCUCUAUCGCUGUGAGGUGGUUGCUCGAAAUGACCGCAAAGAAAUUGAUGAGAUUGCCAUUGAACUAACUGUGCAAGUGAAGCCAGUAACCCCUGUCUGCAGAGUACCAAAGGCUGUCCCUGCAGGCAAGAUGGCGACGCUGCAGUGCCAAGAGAGCGAGGGCCACCCACGACCUCACUACAGCUGGUACCGCAAUGAUGUGCCAUUGCCGACGGACUCCAGAGCCAACCCCAGAUUCCGAAAUUCCUCUUUCCUCUUAAACUCUGAAACAGGCACACUGGUUUUCAGUGCUGUUCACAAGGAGGACUCUGGGCAGUAUUACUGCAUUGCUUCUAAUGAUGCGGGCUCAGCCAGGUGUGAGGAGCAGGAGAUGGAAGUCUAUGACCUGAACAUUGCUGGCAUCAUUGGAGGGGUUCUGGUCGUCCUGGCGGUCCUGGUUCUGAUUACACUGGGCAUCUGCUGUGCAUACAGACGUGGCUACUUCAUCAACAGCAAACAGGAUGGAGAAAGCUACAAGAGCCCAGGGAGACCCGAUGGCGUUAACUACAUCAGGACAGAAGAGGAGGGUGACUUCAGACACAAGUCCUCAUUUGUGAUCUGAGAGCUGGCGGUGUGGCCGAGAGCACAUGCAGAUACCUCUACUACACACUCCUGUCGAGGGCCGCCGUGAGCUGUGCGCACCUGGAUGAAGCCAGACACUCAUGUAGAAGCUUUUUGUUUUGGCCAAAGUUGACUGCUCCUUCUUUCUUAACUCUUUAACAAGCCACAUGAAUAAAGGAACAUUCCUCAAGAUGGCACGGUAACCACCAGGGAAAGAAUGACUCACCAAGUUGAUCCCAUCUGUUGCUGGCCGGGUCCCCAUGUGGGUAGUAAGUGAUCGCAAAGGUCCUGCCCGCAGCAGCUCUCCUGAGCUGCACACUAUGACCUGUACCUGCCACAGGCUGUGCAGCAGCCAGGAUGAGGCUGCCUGCGUGAGGGUGAAGUAGGUGAGGUGACUGAGGCUGCAGCAGCAGUGAGCAGGGUGAGGCUGUGGCCGCAGCCUCCGUCAGUGAGCCCAGAAAAGGGUUUGCAUGUGGGGCUUGUUCCUGGGCCUAACCCUCCUGCACUGUCUGCUUAAAGCUCAUCCAUCUGGGAGAGCUUUCAGGUCUGUGUUUGAAAGAAGCAGACUCGAGGAUAAACGGCUUGCAGAAGAGGGCUCUUCUUCCCCAGGAGCCCUGGGUGUCGGAGUUUGAGGAAACCCUUUUGGUCUUAGGCUAAGUCUCAAACGGUACUGAAAUAUGCUUUUCUAUGGGUCUUGCUUAUUAUAUAACACUUUACAUUCUAAAUUUUUGCUAAAGAUGUAUUUUGAUUAUUGAAAAGAAAAUUUCUAUUUAAACUGUAAAUAUAUUGUCAUACAGUGUUUAAAAACUUAUUUUUUUAAGAGUUCAAUGUAAAGUGGAAGUUCUAAACUACUAGUGUUAAAUUGGAAGAUACCAGUAAUUCUUUUACACAAGAAAUCCUCUCAAGGAGGCUCCUGGAACAUUCAUUCCUUUGUCCAUCCUAGAUUAGCAUUUGCAUACGAAAACUUAGGCCAUCUGUGCAUCAGACCAUGGUUGCUGAAGAAACCUUUAAGUAUUCCCGCUCAGCGGUGUGAACAUCUCUGCGUCUUUCCAAAAGAAAGCCUGGUAACUCGGGUCCUCUUUGAGCUGCCUGUGCCCUGAAACAGGCUGCCCUGCUGGACUCUUGCAGAAGGGCCAGAGCCACCCUUGAGUAGGGUUGGCCCUUUCACAUUUGUAUCCCUGGCCAGAUUGUGUCCCACCCAGUUUGGUCAUAUUGUUCACAUGCCACAGAGUGCUUGAGUGUUGCAUCUGCUGUGUGACACCCCAGCCUUUGGGUUCCUGUGAGACCUUUUGGUUGAGGAUGGUGCACAAAACAAGGCAGCUACUGCUAUUUGUUUUGGGAAUUCUCUUUGUGCAGUGCAUAAGAUUGCCCAGGGCCAAAGGCAAUUCUGAAACCAAAUCUCUGAGCUAUUUUUUAAAGAAAACGGAUGCAGUGGUUCUCUUUCCCCUGAAAAGAGCACCCCGGCACUGCAGGUCCUUUCUCCUCAUAGUAACUCUUGUGUGGUGGCAGCCAGCCUUUGGAAGAUCAGGUGCUACAGCCAGGGUCAAAAGCCUGACGUUGAGGAAAAGAAAACUCCUGCAUCAAAAGCAGUGUUCUAAUUUUGAUUUUGAAAUUUUUAUCUGCCUGACACUGCUCACCUUGCAGGGACAUUAGAAACAUCAUGGAAAAGCCUUUGUUCGUCCAGAGUGGAUGUUCUCAGGCGUAAAUACAUUGCUGCGUCAGAGUCCUGGUGUGGAUGAGGCUCAGAGCAAGAGCUCCUCACAGGAGCAGACUCCAUUGUGUGCAUGGAGCGAGGUUUUCAUGUAGAAUGUAGUCAAGUCACCUUAGGAUUCAGCUUUCAGUGUCUUAAUUUUUUAUACUUUGUUAUUUUUUUAUUGACUACUAGGGAUGUAUUGACUUUUUUACAUGACAUACUGUCAUGUGGGAUGUUGGGCAGGAGCAGCAGGCAGCUCUUCUGUACUCACUCAGAGGUUCCUGUCUUCUUGGGUGUUUGGCUAUCAGAUACCCACGUCCUUUCCACAGCUCUGGGUAGGAAGGGUGGCUCCCCCUCUGCCUUCUACACUGUUGGGAAUCAACACACUGCCUUCUCCCUGGGGUCACGGUGAUAGGGCAGCCCAACCUCUGUUCUUACACCCAGUCUUGUGUACUAGUGCCCUGGGAACUGGGUCUGAGAAGCAGAGGGGUGACACUGCCUGUGAUGCAGAAGUGCAGGGAACGAGCAUUUGUCAGCAUCACUUGUCCAAGGCUGUUCUUCGGGCCUCUGGUAUGACUGUUGCUGUACAUAGGUGUUAUAGACUUGUACUAACACACGUGUAAUUUGGUGUUUGUUAAAAACCUCAUUUAUAAAAGCUUUCAAAACAUCAAACCUUACUGCUUUCUUUGUACUUAGGUUGGGUGUACCACAUCUUCCUAGCAUUUUGUUAGGCAAGUACCCUGGAAAAGUACGGUCCCAGCAUCUUCUGCAGAGAAAUUGGUACCUGCACUGGAGCUAAGCCUGUCCACUCAGAAGCAGCUUGGUGACUCACUGCACCAAUGAUGGGGCCAUCUGCGUCCCUGUUCAUGUAUGGGAGUGCUCGGGCGGAGCACAGUGGCUUUCUGUAUCCUAAAUCCAAUUCCUGCGUGCCUAAACACCGAAACAGCAGCUCCGGGGCUUGCUGGGGUGCGGCUUUGCAGUGGAGCACUUGCCUAGCAUGCCUGAGGCCCUGGGUUCUGUCCCCAGCACCACACACAGAACAUGAAGGGGUACAGAAGAGGACAGUGGGAAGUGGGUAUGAUCCAAAGUAUAUGGUGAUUCCUUAAAUUUACUGCAGUAAAAGACACACUGCUAUUGAACGCCCAUCCUACUAUUGUCACUCAGUGAAGCAGUCCUGGAAGUCCUCUUUUGGUACUGUCCUUACGAGGUGGGAUCAAAAAUACAGUGAAUACUGUGCUCAGUGCAAUCCAAAGGAGAAAAACAGGAUUGUAAAGACCCUGCUAUGUGUCUUCAUCCCUCUUUUUCAUUGAAUCUGGCUCUUCUCCAAAGUCAAAAUCACCACGAAAGAUAACAUUGAAAUAGCCAUGACAGUGUAAUUGAAGAUAGGAGAGAGGAUUUCUGGACCUGCUUCAAAAUGUGGCAAGGACGAUGGGACAAGUGGGUUUGAAGCAGGGGGGGUUAAUAAAGUAGAAAAUUAAA